AUGGCUGAAAAGGCUUUGCCCACCGACCCCAAGUACGACCAGUACGACUUCCCCACCACCGCGCCGGAACCCCAGUCUGGCCACCCCGGCCACACCACCCCGGAACAGGAUGCGCAGGUGUACCAGCUGCGCUCAAUGCUCGAGCAAGAGGGCUACACCCAGCGCCUCGACACCUUGACUCUGCUCCGCUUCCUACGCGCCCGCAAGUUUGACGUCAAUCUCGCCAAGCAGAUGUUCGUCCACUGCGAGAAGUGGCGCAAGGAGUUCGGCACCGAUAACCUACCCGCCACCUUCGAGUACCCGGAAAAGCCCGAGGUGUUCAAGUACUACCCUCAAUACUAUCAUAAGACCGACAAGGAUGGCCGCCCGAUCUACAUCGAAAAGCUGGGCAAGAUCGACCUGAACGCCAUGUACAAGAUCACCACUAGCGAGCGCAUGCUGCAGAACCUUGUCACCGAGUACGAGAAGUUGGCCGACCCUCGUCUGCCCGCCUGCUCGCGCAAGGCCGGCAAGCUCCUCGAGACCUGCUGCACCAUUAUGGAUCUGAAGGGCGUCGGUGUCACCAGCAUCCCCUCCGUGUAUGGCUACGUCCGCCAGGCCUCCGAGAUCUCCCAGAACUACUACCCCGAGCGUCUGGGCAAGUUCUACCUGAUCAACGCUCCCUGGGGAUUCAGCUCCUUCUUCAAUGUCGUCAAGGGCUUCCUGGACCCCGUCACCGUCAAGAAGAUCCACGUCCUCGGCGGCGGAUACCAGAAGGAACUGCUGGAUCAGGUCCCCGCUGAGAACCUGCCCGUUGAGUUCGGCGGUUCCUGCAAGUGCGAGGGCGGCUGCGAGUUGUCCGACAUGGGCCCCUGGCAGGAGGCCGAGUGGGCUCGCGAGCCUGCCUGGGCCGCCAAGGAGGGUGCAGAUGCCACUAUCGAGAACGCCGACCCCGGCUACGAGAAGAAGGAUGCCGAGGGCCAGGAGGGUGUGCAGACCAGCGCAUAA